UCUCUUAUAAAACCUCUCUUUCUCUUUCUUCCUCAUUUCCCAUCUCUCUUUCUGCCGUAAAACCCUUUCAUUUUAGGGUUUUGCAGCUUUCUCUCUCCUCCCUUAAACCCUAAUUUCGUUCCAAGCCUCCCUUUCUUCUUCUACCAUGGGCAAGUCUAGCAAGAAAUCCGCUACCAAAGUUGAUGCAGCUCCUGCUGCUGUCGUUCCUUCUGGAAAGAAAGGCAAGAGAGGCGCAGAAGAGGCGAUUGAGAAGGCUGUGAGUGCGAAGAAGCAGAAGAUAGAGAAGAAUGAGGCUGUUAUAGCUCAGCAGAAGGCUGCUGAGAAGAAGAAGCCAAAGAAAGUUGAAAGUAGCAGCAGCGAAUCUGAGGAUGAUUGUUCUGAUUCAGAGGAAGAGGUUGUUGUGAAAAAGCCACAAGCUAAAGCCCCUGCUGUUGUCAAGAAAGCCAAGCAGGAGAGCAGCUCAGAAGAUUCCUCAGAUUCUGACGAAAGUGAUUCUGAUGAUGAACCUGCAACAAAGAAAACUGUACCUGCUGUGAACGGUUCCAAGAAGGAUGAUUCCUCUGACAGCGAUGAUUCUUCCUCAGAUGAUGAGGAGAAUGCUAAACCUGCUGCCAAGCCUAAAGCUGUGCCCGCAGCAAAGAAUGGUUCCCUUCCUAAGGCUAAGCCUGCUGAAUCAACUGAGGAAAGCAGUGAUGAUGACUCAGAUGAAGAGAGUGAUUCUGAGGAUGAGAAGAAAGUAGUUCCUGCCAAGCCUGUUAGCAAUGUGAAAACACCAGCCAAAGAAUCUGAAAGCUCUGAUGACAGUUCUGAUGAGAGCUCUGAAGAGAGUGACGAUGAGCCUAAAGCUAAAAAGGCUACAAGUGCUGUGAACGGCGCUAAAGAAGCUAAGAAAGGUAGUAGUAGCAGUGAGGAGGAGAGCUCUGAUGAUGAACCUGCCCAGAAGACAGUCGCACCCAAGAAAAGUGAAAGCUCAGAUUCUGAUGAGAGUGACGAAGACAGUGAUGAGGAGAGUGAAGAUGAGAAGCCGCAGAAGACCCCAAAGAAGGAUACUGAUGUAGAAAUGGUUGAUGCCGAGGAAACAAAGUCUGCCUUGAAAACACCUAAGACACCAGCAACACCACAAGUUCAAGCUACAGGAUCUAAGACACUGUUUGCUGGAAAUCUUUCAUUUGAUAUUGAGGAUCAGAAUGUGCGAGAUUUUUUCAAGAGCGCAGGAGAGAUUGUAGAUAUUAGAUUUGCCUCCGAACCUGAAGGUAGAUUUAAGGGCUAUGGCCACAUUGAGUUUGAAACAGCAGAAGCUGCUCAAAAGGCUCUAGAAAUGAACGGCCAAGAAUUAUUAGGUCGCCCAGUGAGGCUUGACUUAGCUCGUGAGAGAGGUGCAUACACUCCCAACACGCGAGAGAACUCUUCUUUUCAGAAGGGUGGUGGAGGCCAGAACCUUACAAUAUUUGUAAAGGGAUUCGAUACUUCUGCUGACGAGGAUGAGAUGAGGGGUUCCUUGAAAGAACUCUUUGGCUCGUGUGGAGAGAUUACAAGAUGUUCUAUCCCACAAGAUCGUGAUAAUCAGUGUCUUAAGGGUGUGGCUUAUAUUGAUUUUGCAGACAGUGAUGCAUUUAACAAAGCUUUUGACCUAAAUGGAUCUGAACUUGGAGGUUGUUACUUGAAUGUUCAAGAGGGUAAGCCAAGAGAACCCCGUGAGUUUGGGAGUGGAGGAUUUGGAAGUGGAGGAUUUGGAAGUGGUGGAAGAGGUGGUGGGAGAAGAGGUGGCAGAGAUGGUGGUGGUGGAAGGUUUGGUGACAGACGUGGUGGAGGAAGGUUUGGAGGUGGUGGUCGUGGUGGUAGAGAUGGUGGUGGUCGUGGUGGUAGAGGACGUGGUGGUCGUGGUGGGUUCAGCAUUACUGCAUCUGCCUCAGGAAAAAAGACUACCUUCGAUGAUUAGGAUAUUAUGCAAAUGGAGAACAUCAGUUUCGGCCAGAUGUAUUACAGUGUUUUAGAUAUUUUAAGUUACUAUGGGACAGUUAGUUAUGAUGCUGGUUUAGUUUGAGCCCAAGUAGAAAAUUUGUGUACUUAGGCCGAAGUUUUGUUCAGAGAUGUGACCAUUGUAUUAGUUUUAUGCUUUUUUGGCUGAAUUACUUUUUCUUGAAAGGAUUAUAGGGAUAUAUAUUUGUCCUUAAAUGGAAUGUUUUUAUUACUUUUUGCAAUUCAUCUAGUAUCUAAUCUAUCAUUUUAAUUUGUGUA